UCAUGGUAUAGGCAUAUAUGGAUACUUCGACGCUUUCCAAUGGUCUCAUGGGUCAUGCUAUACAUUGUCAGUAUUGGCUCACACUCUCACCAUGUUGGAAUUUAUUCCCGAUAUCCUGUACUUACAGAUGGAUAAUUGUUAUGGGCAGAAUAAAAAUAAGUACACAUUAGGUUUUUUGGCACGUUUAAUUGAAGAAAAGAUAUUCAAAAAAGUCAAAUUGUCUUUCCUCCUGGUUGGACACACACAUGAGGAUGUGGAUCAAGUAUUUUCAAGAUUUUCAGUAUGGAUUGGACAGAACACGGUAUUAACAAUGGAUGAACUGAUGAAAGGAUUUGAGACCUGUUACAGACCAAGACCAACAGCAAUCAAGAUGCAUACAGUAUACAAUUUCCAGAGAUGGUUAGGAGUCAAUAAUGUGAAAAACCAUUCAAAGCCUCAUGUAUUUAAGAUAACACUCAACGAAAAAACUGGGAAGGCAGAGGUACAAUAUAAAGGAUUAUCUACAGACAAGGAUUGGAUAAAGCCAGGGGGAGACGGUUUGCUUUUAGAGGAGGGACAAAGACAAUUAUACACAAUCCCAUCAACAACAGAUAAUAUUGACAUUGAAAAAUUGAAGACAGAUUUAACAACAGUUUAUAGGUACUACAAUGCGGAAGAUCUUAAAUCAUGGUGGGAUGGAUACAUUAAUGAACUAUAUGAAGAUGAGGAACUAGAAACAACAGAAGUACAGCUAGUUGAAAUUCUGAGACAAAAGAAAAUAAAUCAAAAAAGCCCAGAGGAGGAAAAUGAAGUAUCUAACACAGAUGAUGCCAUCAACCUUCCAACUUUAAAACCAGAAAUUCCUAAGGUUAUCAUAGGGAAAGCGGACAGAAAAGCAGCACAAGCAAUUAAGGAAGUUGAAACAUUUGAAAUAGGAUCUUUCGUGAUUUGUAAUUAUGACAAAUACCCUGAUGAAUUUCCACAAUUGGCUAGAGUUAUUUCAGUUAGUGAUGAAAAUCUUGAAUUACUGUGGUACAAGGGAGCUAAGACAACAACAUGGAAGCCUGCAUCAAGACCUGUUAAAGGGCAACGUGGACAGCGUGAACCUUGGACAGAAAUUGUGCCCUCUAUCGCUGUGAUGUUCUAUGAUUUCCAGCUCACCCCGCUUGGAAAAUUACCACAGCAUAUAAAGGAAGUUCUUGAUCAGCUAUAGAUAAGUGUCAUUAUGCUCCCCGAAAAAAUUUCAGGGGAGCAUAUAGUCGCCGCCGUGUCCGUCCGUCCGUCCCCUUUUCUGGUCCGGGACAUAACUUUGAAACAACAAGAGGUAUCAACAUGAAACUUUGUAGGUAGAUAGAUCUCAUUGAGUAGGUGUGCAGUGCACAAGAACCGUAACUCUGCCUUGCCUAAUUUUUGAAUUACCCCCUUUGUUUAUUUUACACAUUGAAAUUUGUCCGGGACAUAACUCUAAAAGUAUAAGAGGUAUAAACAUGAAACUUUGUAGGUAGAUAGAUCUCAUUGAGUAGGUGUGCAGUGCACAAGAACGUUAACUCUGCCUUUCCUAAUUUGUGAAUUAUCCUACUUUGUUUAUUUUACACUUUGAACUUUGUCCGGGACAGAACUCUAAAACUAUAAGAGGUAUCAACAUGUAACUUUGUAGUUAGAUAGAUCUCAUUGAGUAGGUGUGCACAAGAACCGUAACUCUGCCUUGCCUAAUUUUUGAAUUAUUCCCCUUUGUUUAUUUUACACUUUGAACUUUGUCCGGGACAUAACUCUAAAAGUAUAAGAGGUAUCAACAUGAAACUUUGUAGGUAGAUAGAUCUCAUUGAGUAGGUGUGCAGUGCACAAGAACCGUAACUCUGCCUUGCCUAUUUUUUGAAUUAUCCCCCUUUGUUUAUUUUACACUUUGAAAUUUGUCCUGGGCAUAACUCUAAAAGUAUAAGAGGUAUCAACAUGAAACUUUGUAGGUAGAUAGAUCUCAUUGAGUAGGUGUGCAGUGCACAAGAACCUUAACUCUGCCUUGCCUAAUUUUUGAAUUAUCCCCCUUUGUUUAUUUUUACACUUUGAACUUUGUCUGGGACAUAACUCUUAAUGUAUAAGAGAUAUCAACAUGAAACUUUGUAGGUAGAUAGAUCUCAUUGAGUAAGUUUGCAGUGCACAAGAACUGUAACACUGUCUUGCCUACUUUUGGAGUUAUUGCCCUUUGUUCAUUUUGACACUUUGAACUUUGUCUGGGACAUUACUCUAAAAUUAUGAGAGAUAUCAACAUGAAACUUUGUAGAUAGAUAGGUCUCAUUGGGUGGAAGUGCAGUGCUUAAGAAUCAUUACUCUGCCUUGCCUUAUUUUGAAGAAAUUGCCCUUUGUUUAUUUUUACUUUUUGACUUUUGUCCUGGACAUUACUUUAAAACUAUUAGAGAUAUCAACAUGAAACUUUGUAGGUAGCUAGAUAUAAUUGGAUAGAACUGCAAUGCUUAAAGAACCUAAACAAAUCCUGGUCUAAUUUUGGAGUUAUUGCCCUUUGUUCAUUUUUACACUGACUUUUACCCGGGACAUAACUCUGAUAUCAUCAUGAAACUUUAUAGAUAGAUAGAUCUCAUUGAAUAGAAGUGCAGUGCAAAAAAACAUAACUCCGCUUUGCCUAAUUUUGGAUUUUUUGCCCUCUGUUCAUUUUUUUUAUACUUUCCUGUGUCCAGAACCUUCUCGGGGAGCAUCACCCGGUUCAACCGGUUCUUGUUUGUUAUUUAGUAAUUGGUGUCAAUAAACAAAGGUAAAUGAAUAGGUAAAUGAAUUUGGCUAACAAAAUUUUGACUCUUUUUUUUCUCAGGGAGAUGUUUAUUUUUCAACCUUGAUAACACAUUUAAGCUCAACAAAAAAUUAAUAAGGCAUUUAUAUGCCCCCUUAAAAAAAAUGUGUAUAUUUUAAUGAUGUCGGUCCGUUGGUCUAUCUGUCCGUCAGUAGACAUCAUGGUUCCCGUUGAUCAUCGUACAAAAUAUUUUUCAUAAAAUCUUCAUGUUUUACAUACUAAUUGGUCAUAACUUAUAGAUAACCCCUCAUAAUUUUUGGGGUCACUAAGUCACGGUUAAAAGGGCCUUUAGUCAAAAUAGUUUUCUGUUGAAAAGUAUUUAUCAGUCGUAUCAGUGUUUAUCGGCUAUUUAACAACUGUUUUGGAGUCUUGAUGCGUAGAAAUUAACCACGAAAGGUGUAGGCCUGAUUGAUUAAUUUUUUUGCAUCAAAAUGACCGGUGUUAAAUAGCUGAAAAACACCGCUAAUACCGAUAUUAAUUAGAUUCUAACCAGACAAAAUAAGUAAGAUCAAUAACGGUAAUUUUUCAUGCGCAGAUCACUUCCGGUGCCGAUAUUCUUAUACCGCUGUUCGAUUUCCCAAUCUUUUUGCUAAGAGAUAGAAAUUAUUAAACAAGAGAAAUGGAACAAACAAAAGUUAUUUUAUUAAGUUCUCAACAAUUAAAACUUACGUGUUAGACAGAAUUGUAUUGCGUUUACAUCAGUGUCAGUUUGAAAUGUCGUCAUUUCUUAGGUGGUUUAGUAACUAACGAUGACAUCAUUACGCAGAUAACGGAUUGGCACCGUUUUGUCAAAAUAUUUAUUAACUGAAAUUGAUCAAAUAUGUGAGAAAUAAAAGAGUAUUAUAAGGAGCGGAAAAUACAAAAAAAAAUGUUUUUUAAUUUUUGCUUUAAAAGAAUUUGUAAACUAUAUAAUCGAGGGAGAAAAGAUAUCAGCAGCAUAUACAAGUAGUCCCUAACCAGUUGUUUAUUGGCAGUUUAACACCAUUUUUUCUCAUUGUCUACAGUGACAAAAUCACGAGGAGUGUUACAAAAUACAAGAUUUAUAACUCUAGCCGGUAUAUUGUUUUGCUAAUGUCUGUCCGUCGAUAGACCACAUGGUUUACACUGUUUAUCUUGAAAAUUAAUUAUCAUAGUCUUCAUAUUUCACACAUUGAUUUGUCAUAUCUAGUAGAUGACCCCUAUUGAUUUUGGGGUCAAAGGUCAAGGUCACAAGGGCCUUAAAUGGCAAAAUGGUUUCCUCUGAUUAUCUUGAAAAGUACUCAUCACAAAGUCAUCAUAUUUCACAUGGUGAUUAGUCAUAACUAGUAGAUGACCCCUGUUAAUUUUGGUGUCACCAGGUUAAAAGGACCUUAAAUGUUGGAAUGGUUUCCGCUGAUUAUCUUAGGUAAACUUGAAUUGUAUUCAUCGCAAAGUCUUUCACUUAUAGAUUGGUCAUCACUAGUAGAUGACCCCUAAUAAUUUUGGUGUCACUAGGUCAAAGGGGCCUUGAAUGGUAAUAUGAUUCUUUUUUACUUGAUUACUUUAUAUCACAAUGUCUUCAUAUUUCAUAUAGUGAUUGGUCAUAAAUAGUAGCUGACCCAUAUAGAUUUUGGGUGAACUAGGUCAUGGUCACGUAGGCUGAUAACUAGUCUAUGACCCCAAUAGAAUUUGGGGUCAGUAGGUAAAAUGUCAAGGUCACAGAGGCCCUAAAUGUCAGAAUAGUUGAAAAAUAUUUAUCACAAAGUCUGUAUAUUUCACAUAUUGAUUAGUCAUAAGUAUUGGAUGACAAAUAUAUAUAUGGGUUCACCAGGUUAAAGUCAUUGGGUUCUUGAAUGAUAAUAUGGUUUCAGCUCAUAAUCUUGAAACUUUUUUUAUCACAAAGUCUUCAUAUUUAUAAAUAUUGAUUGGUCAUAACUAUUAGAUGACCCCAAAUGAUGUUGGGUCACUAGUUCACAGGUCACAAGGUCCUAAAAUGUCUCAUAAUCUUGAAAAGUAUUCAUCACAAAGUCUUCAUUAUUUUUCUUUUUUCCAUUAUUGAACAAUUCCCUGUACUCAUUUAUGGCAAGUUUCUAUACCAAUAAUGUGAGGCUAUGGCAAGAAAGGAGGGCAUAUGUGUCGCUUGACAUUUCUGGUCUUGUAUUGAAUUGUGUAUUUCCUUAAAACAACGUUUAUACACAUUAACUUACAAUAAAAGAGAUCAAUAUUUCUAAGAUUAAUUACCUACAAGAUGUUUUCUUUAUAAAUGUGAUUGCAAUUUGUAAGGGACAAUUGUCCUAUUUUCUUGUAAUUGAAUGUGUUUAUCACUACAACAAUGUUUAAACACAUUAAGUUACAAGAAUGCAGAUCAAUAUCCCUAAAAUUAAUCACCUACAAGAUGUUUUCUUCUUAAAUGUGAUUGCAAUUUGUAUCUGAAAUUGUUCCUGAUUUUAGACCCCUACUGGUUUACCGGAGGGGACUUUAGUUUAACCUUCUGUCCGUCCGUCCACUAAACUCGAUCCCGCGAUAACUCAGUACUGGAAACAUUUUUAUGAAACUUGAUAUAUGGAUAGAUGGCAGUAUAGAGGUUAUGCACGUCAUUUUCUUUUCUUCCUAUGUUGAACAUUCUGGCAACAAAUAGACUGAAACUAUGGCAAAUUUUACACAUAAACUGGAUCCAGUGAUAACGCAAAAAGUACUGGAAAUAUUUUUAUGAAAUUUGAGAUAUGGGUAGAUGGCAGUCUAGAGGUUAUGCACAUCUUUUUCUUUUCUUCCUAUGUUGAAAAUUCUGGUUGCUAUGGUAACAAAUAGACUGAAAAUAUGGCAAAUAUAACAAUAUUUGUGAUAACUCAAAAAGAGCUGGAAAUUUUAGUGAAAUUGCAUCUUUAUUUCAAGAGUCAUCUCCUUUUUAAAUUUUGCUUUUAAUAAUGUUAUAUUUUGGCAACAGGGAUGUUUCAAAUAUUAACUUUAGAGUGUCCUUCAGUCCGUAUGUCUGUUCAUACAAGCUGUUUCCUGUGAUCACUUUUAGAGAACUUUUCCAACAAAUUUACUUAAAAUAGAGAGAAAAAUUUAAAUAUUAGUGAAUGGCCAAUGGCCCUUCAGAAUGUGGUUGGGGUUCUAACCUGUAGUUGACUUAUGUAUUGCUUGCAAUACUAUGAUAAUUGCUUGUUUAUUGUAAAUUGUCCUGUUUUAAUGGUGUCGGAAUGGUGAGCAUAUAAUUGCAGCUUUUUACUUGCAUCCUCCCGCUUUUCUUGUCAGGGAUAUAACUUUGAAACAACAAGAGGUAUCAACAUGAAACUUUGUAGGUAGAUAGAUCUCAUUGAGAAGGUGUCCGGGACAUAACUCUAAAACUAUAAAAGGUAUCAACAAGAAACUUUGUAUGUAGAUAGAUCUCAUUGAGUAGAAGUGCACUGUUAAAGAACCAUAAUUCUGUCUGGAGUUUUGAUCAUUGUGACAUUUUAAAUUAUAAGAGAUUUCAACAUGAAACUUUUUAGGUAGAUAGAUCUCAUUGGAUAGAACUGCAAUGUUUAAGAACAUAAACACAGCCUUAUCUAAUUUUAGAGUUAUUGCCCUUAAAGCAUUUUUACAGUUAAAUCAUUUUUACCCAGGACAUAAAUCUGAAACUAAAAAAGAUAUCAUCACGAAACUUUAUAGAUAGAAGUGCAUUUCAAAAAAAAAAAAAAAACUGCCUUCCCUAAUUUUGCCCUUCGUUGAUUUCUUUAUACUUGCCUAUGACCAAAACCUUUCCGGGAAGCACCAAUCGGUUCUUGUCUUGUAUUUGAAUGUGUAUUUCAUUACAACAAUGUUUAUUCACAUUAACUUACAAGAAAAUAGAUCAAUAUCCCUAAGAUUAAUUACCUACAAGAUGUUUUCAUUAUAAAUGUGAAUGCAAUUUGUAAGGGACAAUUUUCCUAUUUUCUUGUUUUUGAGUGUGUAUUUAAUUACAACAAUGUUUAUUCACAUUAACUUACAAGAAAAGAGUUCAAUAUCAUUAAGACUAAUUACAUAGAAGAUGUUUUCUUUAUAAGUGUGAUUGCAAUUUGUAAGGGACAAUUUUCCUGUUUUCUUGCAUUUGAAUGUGUAUUUCAUUACAGCAAUGUUUAUACACAUUAACUUACAAGAAAUAAGAUCAAUAUCCCUAAGAUUAAUUAACUACAAGAUGUUUUCUUUAUAAAUGUGAUUGCAAUUUGUAAGGGACAAUUUUCCUGUUUUCUUGUUUUUGAGUGUGCAUUUCAUUACAACAAUGUUAAUUCACAUUAACUUACAAGAAAGCAGAUCAAUAUCCCUAAGAUUAAUUACCUAAAAGAUGUUUUCUUUAUAAAUGUGAAGGCAAUUUGUAAGGGACAAUUUUCCUAUUUUCUUGUAUUUGAUUGUGUAUUUCAUUACAACAAUGUUUAUUCACAUUAUCUUACAAGAAAGCAGAUCAAUAUCCCUAAGACUAAUUAACUACAAGAUGUUUUCUUUAUAAAUGUGAAUGCAAUUUGUAAGGGACAAUUUUCCUAUUUUCUUGUUUUUGAGUGUGUAUUUAAUUACAACAAUGUUUAUUCACAUUAACUUACAAGAAAGCAGAUCAAUAUCCCUAAGAUUAAUUAACUACAAGAUGUUUUCUUUGAAAAUGUGAUUGCAAUUUGUAAGGGACAAUUUUCCUAUUUUCUUGUAUUUGAAUGUGUAUUUCAUUACAACAAUGUUUAUACUCAUUAACUUAGAAGAAAGCAGAUUAAUAUCCAUAAAAUUAAUUAACUACAAGAUGUUUUCUUUAUAAAUGUGAUUGCAAUUUGUAAGGGACAAUUUUCCUAUUUUCUUGUUUUUUAGUGUGUAUUUCAUUACAUUAAUGUUUAUAUUCAUUAACUUACAAGAAAUCAGAUCAAUAUCCCUAAGACUAAUUAACUACAAGAUGUUUUCUUUGAAAAUGUGAUUGCAAUUUGUAAGGGACAAUUUUCCUAUUUUCUUGUAUUUGAAUGUGUAUUUCAUUACAACAAUGUUUAUACUCAUUAACUUACAAGAAAGCAGAUCAAUAUCCCUAAGACUAAUUACCUGAAAGAUGUUUUCUUUAUAAAUGUGAUUGCAAUUUGUAAGGGACAAUUUUCCUAUUUUCUUGUUUUUAGUGUGUAUUUCAUUACAUUAAUGUUUAUAUUCAUUAACUUACAAGAAAUCAGAUCAAUAUCCCUAAGACUAAUUACCUGAAAGAUGUUUUCUUUAUAAAUGUGAUUGCAAUUUGUAAGGGACAAUUUUCCUAUUUUCUUGUUUUUGAGGGUGUAUUUCAUUACAGCAAAGUUUAUUCACAUUAACUUACAAGAAAGCAGAUCAAUAUCCCUAAGACUAAUUACCUGAAAGAUGUUUUCUUUAUAAAUGUGAUUGCAAUUUGUAAGGGACAAUUUUCCUAUUUUCUUGUUUUUGAGGGUGUAUUUCAUUACAACAAUGAUUAUACACCUAAACUUACAAGAAAGCAGAUCAAUAUCCCUAAGACUAAUUACCUACAAGAUGUUUUCUUUAUAAAUGUGAUUGCAAUUUGUAAGGGACAAUUUUCCUAUUUUCUUGUUUUUGAGUGUGCAUUUCAUUACAACAAUGUUAAUUCACAUUAACUUACAAGAAAGCAGAUGAAUAUCCCUAAGACUAAUUACCUAAAAGAUGUUUUCUUUAUGAAUGUGAUUGCAAUUUGUAAGGGACAAUUUUCCUAUUUUCUUGUUGUUGAGUGUGUAUUUCAUUACAAGAAUGUUUAUUCACAUUAACUUACAAUAAAGCAGAUCAAUAUCCCUAAGACUAAUUACUUACAAGAUGUUUUCUUUAUAAAUGUGAUUGCAAUUUGUAAGGGACAAUUUUCCUAUUUUCUUGUUUUUGAGUGUGUAUUUCAUUACAACAAUGUUUAUUCACAUUAACUUACAAGAAAGCAGAUCAAUAUCCCUAAGACUAAUUACCUACAAGAUGUUUUCUUUAUAAAUGUGAUUGCAAUUUGUAAGGGACAAUUUUCCUAUUUUCUUGUUUUUGAGUGUGCAUUUCAUUACAAGAAUGUUUAUUCACAUUAACUUACAAGAAAGCAGAUCAAUAUCCCUAAGACUAAUUACUUACAAGAUGUUUUCUUUAUAAAUGUGAUUGCAAUUUGUAAGGGACAAUUUUCCUAUUUUCUUGUUUUUGAGUGUGUAUUUCAUUACAACAAUGUUCAUACUCAUUAACUUACAAGAAAGCAGAUCAAUAUCCCUAAUACUAAUUACCUACAAGAUGUUUUCUUUAUAAAUGUGAUUGCAAUUUGUAAGGGACAAUUUUCCUAUUUUCUUGUUUUUGAGUGUGUAUUUCAUUACAACAAUGUUCAUACUCAUUAACUUACAAGAAAGCAGAUCAAUAUCCCUAAGAAUAAUUAACAACAAGAUGUUUUCUUUGAAAAUGUGAUUGCAAUUUGUAAGGGACAAUUUUCCUAUUUUCUUGUUUUUGAAUGUGUAUUUCAUUACAACAAUGUUAAUUCACAUUAACUUACAAGAAAGCAGAUCAAUAUCCCUAAGACUAAUUACCUAAAAGAUGUUUUCUUUAUAAAUGUGAUUGCAAUUUGUAAGGGACAAUUUUCGUAUUUUUUUGUAUUUGAAUGUGUAUUUCAUUACAACAAUGUUUAUAUUCAUUAACUUACAAGAAAGCAGAUCAAUAUCCCUAAGACUAAUUACCUAAAAGAUGUUUUCUUUAUAAAUGAGAUUGCAAUUUGUAAGGGACAAUUUUCCUAUUUUCUUGUUUUUGAAUGUGUAUUUCAUUACAACAAUGUUAAUUCACAUUAACUUACAAGAAAGCAGAUCAAUAUCCCUAUGAAUGAUUACCUACAAGAUGUUUCAUCUAUAAAUGAGAUUGCAAUUUGUAAGGGACAAUUUUCCUAUUUUCUUGUAUUUGAAUGUGUAUUUCAUUACAACAAUGUUAAUUCACAUUAACUUACAAGAAAGCAGAUCAAUAUCCCUAAGACUAAUUACCUAAAAGAUGUUUUCUUUAUAAAUGUGAUUGCAAUUUGUAAGGGACAAUUUUCCUAUUUUCUUGUUUUUGAGUGUGUAUUUCAUUACAACAAUGUUUAUUCACAUUAACUUACAAGAAAGCAGAUCAAUAUCCCUAAGACUAAUUACCUACAAGAUGUUUUCUUUAUAAAUGUGAUUGCAAUUUGUAAGGGACAAUUUUCCUAUUUUCUUGUUUUUGAGUGUGUAUUUCAUUACAACAAUGUUCAUACUCAUUAACUUACAAGAAAGCAGAUCAAUAUCCCUAAGACUAAUUACCUACAAGAUGUUUUCUUUAUAAAUGUGAUUGCAAUUUGUAAGGGACAAUUUUCCUAUUUUCUUGUUUUUGAAUGUGUAUUUCAUUACAACAAUGUUAAUUCACAUUAACUUACAAGAAAGCAGAUCAAUAUCCCUAUGAAUGAUUACCUACAAGAUGUUUCAUCUAUAAAUGAGAUUGCAAUUUGUAAGGGACAAUUUUCCUAUUUUCUUGUAUUUGAAUGUGUAUUUCAUUACAACAAUGUUAAUUCACAUUAACUUACAAGAAAGCAGAUCAAUAUCCCUAAGACUAAUUACCUAAAAGAUGUUUUCUUUAUAAAUGUGAUUGCAAUUUGUAAGGGACAAUUUUCAUAUUUUUUUGUAUUUGAAUGUGUAUUUCAUUACAACAAUGUUUAUAUUCAUUAACUUACAAGAAAGCAGAUGAAUAUCCCUAAGAUUAAUUACCAACAAGAUGUUUUCUUUAUAAAUGUGAUUGCAAUUUGUAAGGGACAAUUUUGCUAUUUUCUUGUAUUUGAAUGUGUUUUUUCUUUCCAACAAUGUUUAUAUUCAUUUACUUACAAGAAAUAAGAUCAAAAUCCCUAAGAUUAAUUACCUACAAGAUGUUUUCUUUAUAAAUGUGAUUGCAAUUUGUAAGGGACAAUUUCCCUCUUUCCUUGUUUUUGAAUGUGUUUUUUUAUUGUUACAUCAAUGUUUAUACACAUUAAUUUACAAGAAAAGAGAUCAAUAUCCCUAAAAUUGCAUUGUACGUGAUUGCUAUGUAAAGGAAAAUUUUCUGAUUUCUUGUGUUAUAAUGUGUUGAAUAGUGAGCAAUAUCUUCACACACUACAUUACCAGAAAGCAUAUUAAUUUUACUUACAUCAAUUACCAAUAACAGAUGUUUUCAACAAUUUGUUUGGGAUUGCAUUUAAUUAGAUUACAUGAAAGGAUAUGAGGUUAUCUAAACUAAAUUAACUAUAUGCAUAUUUAUUUCAUCAGAAUUUUUUUUGUAUGUUUUACAAUCAUUUAUCUUUUUCUUCACAUAAAUUCUUUGUAUGCAUAUGCAAAUUGUAAAGGAAAAUAUUUUCAGUUAUCUUUUUCUUCAUGGCGUAAAAAAAAUUUGAUAUAAUUUACCAGAAUGCAGAUAACUUUAAAUUUUAAGUAUCACUGUGUAAUGAAUAUGUAACAAAACUGUGGAGAAUGCAAAAUGUAUGUUUUCCUUAUUUAGAAGAGAGAAAAAUUUGAUGAUGUCUGUAUGUAAUUAUGAAUUGUAAGGAUUAAUUAGCUGUGUAACUUCCAUUAAAUUAUGGUCUCGCUCAUUCAAGCAGUAUUUUUCAAUCAUUCACAAAAAUUUAAUUCAAUGCUUUGUUAGCAUACGAUCCUCAUGUUUUCGAAGAUUGGAAGUGUUAAAACAUUGGCAAUUAUCAUGUGACUAUUUACAUAGAGGAUAUUUGUUUUGCAUGCAAGAUUGAAAUAUAAUUUCACUGAGUGAACACCAGAUGGAAUAUUUUCACGAGUGGCUUACCCACCAGUGAAAAUAUAAUAGCUGGUGUUCACAAAUAAAAUAUAUUUCAAUCUUAUAUGUAACACAAAUAAAUUUCUUUUUUAUUUCAUGCUUUUUAAGUGAUUUUAAGUAUAUUUUUACUGAUUUCAAAUAAUGACGUCACAUUAUCAAUUUUAAAAUAUAGGUCUGUUAAUUUUCUCAAGUUUUGUAAGAUUUUUAACUUGAUGUAUGAUGACAUCGACUUAUGUUUUCUUAAAGAAGCACACUUUAGGCAUGACGGCUUUUAUUUAUGCCAGUUAUUCCAUUCAGUUAUGAUUUUCUUUUCAUCUGCAUUCAGAAAUAUUAAUGCUACAGUGAAAUUUAUAUUUUAUAAAUUUCAAUGGUGUUUUAUCAGAAUAUGAACAUCUGUUAUAUUAUAAUAAAACACUGGAAAGCACGAAAUAAAUUCUGAUAACGUUUUAACACUUUCCCUAACAAUAACGUAUUAUUCAUUAUCCUUUAUUUAUGAGCAUUAUGUCCGUAUAAUGUAAAGUUUCAAUCAUUAUUUUUCCUGAAAUAAAUGGGAUACAAUAAUAAAUGACAAGUAACACAGAUGCCAAGUUUUGGCUCUUGUGGUAAUUGUUUUGGCAUACACUGGAUAUAUUUGUUAGCAGUCAUAAACAUUUAAGCCUAGAUAUUUCAGCUAAUAACUCAAUUGUACGAAUAAGCUUGUCUUAUCAUGUGACCCAAUGUUGAAUUCAGUGCAUUAUUUCCCCCCGGGGAGUCUUUAACUAGAGGUAUAUGUUAUAAUUACAUCUAAUUAUAUCCACUGUGUUUCUACUAAUUUAUUUAUAGAAAACCAUGUCUGAACUGUCCGUUGUUCAGUAUUUCUGUGGAAUAGUCGGGGCAUUUCAUUGUUUUCACAUUGACUAGGCUACGGACACACGUUUCCUCCUGUCUUAUGAUAAAACAAAGCAGGGGGUUUUUCGUGGGCCGCCCGUAUUCUGAAUACAGAAAUAUGCAAUCGAAUUUGGUAUUCCAUCAUAUAUAAUUAUCAAACUUUGGUAAGGUUGAUACAAAAUACGUUUUAGGCAAAACGUAGAAAUCAUGCUGUCUUGCAGUUACAUAAGCUAUCUUUUGUUAGGAACAAACACUUUUCAAAAAUUCAAAUACCUUUAUUUCAUCAGACAUAAAAAUAAUAUAACAAAAACGAAGGUUAUGAGAAAAUUAUAUGUCAGUUGAUUACAUUAUUAUUACAUUACAAAUUUAUUUAUAUCCUUCAAUGAUUAUUACAACUGUACAGACACUGAAAAAUACACAAAAAAUUUAUUUCGAAAAAAACUCUUUCACAGCAAAGUAAAACAUGGUAUAUCGUUAAUUCGAUUGCAGCAUGCUUGAUGUCUACUUUUGUUCAGUCAAUAAACAUGUGCCUUCACUUGCUA